GUGUUCGAAUGGCUUCUCUACAGUCCAGUAGUAUGUCUGGUCGGAGCUUUGCCUGUUGGGCACCAUUCGCCGCUGAAGUAAGCGACAAAGAAAUGGAAAUAAAGAGAAGACACACUUUGUAUGCUUUAUCCUUAUCCGAUUUCGGCUCCUGUUUAAAUGUGCACAGGACACGCAUGAUCAGCUCAGCCCACAAAAGCCUCCGCGAUUUUCUCUCUCCCGGUCUGUCUCUUUUGAAUAAGUUAUUUUUGCAAAACGAGAACACAUUUAUAUCCCUGCGACUAGAGGAAAACGUUUUGUCUUUGACGUUACUAGUACCUCUACUCCGCUUCGCGAGGAAGAUUUUUGUUUAUUCCUAUCAUUCUAGGGGAAAGGGUGCGAAUCCUCCCAGCGCCAGAUGUCAAUCACGUAUUAGCUGUCUCAGGUACAAGUUGUAACAACUCAUUGUGAGCCCAGCGUUUGGAUUGUGUUUGAGCGGAUCUCUGCUUAUAGAUUUGUUUUUAAUACAAACAUUUACACAAACAGCUGAAGAACACGGACUUCCAAGCAGCGCGCGCACGUAAUGGAUUUUGACAGCCUGUUCGUGGCGGUUGUACUGCUGAGCCGCCCUGAAACCACCGCCACCCUCGCGAGCUUUCAGUGUCCGCAAGUUUGCCUCUGCAACAGCGUGGAGAUCGCCUGCACUCGGGACACCCAGUUGGCAUCGGGGAUCUCGUCAGAGUAUGGCAGCUUUGGCACUUUGAGGUUGACUCACUUUCCUUUGAAAGUAAUCCAAAGCAACAACUUUAAAGGACUUUUCAACGUUAGCAAAAUUGAAAUACUCCAAAGUGACCAUAUUGAAAGAAUAGAAAGACACAGCUUUUUGUCCAUGGAAGGUAUAAGUGAAAUCAUCAUUCAGAAUACAAAGCACCUCACGGUAAUUGAGAAUGAAGCAUUUAUGGACCUUCCCAACUUAACAUACCUGAGCAUUAGUAACACUGCAAUAACUGUGUUCCCUGAUGUGACGAAUAUUCAGUCUGUCCAUUCCAGCUUUAUUCUGUAAGUAUUACUCUCUACUGCAUUUCAGCUGCACAUCUUCCACCGUUAUGAGAACAGUGAGUGAUAGAAAAUAAAUCCUGCAAGUUCUUAGAAUGCCUGUGGCCAUCGCA